GAACAUGGGGAAUUCUGCAUGCAACUGUAAACGACGCUGCCCGUGUUGCCCAACGAAGAACGAACAGCCGUCCCUCAACCGAAAAAGGGUCUUCAGGUCAAUCUAUGACUAUCCCUCACGCACAAAAUGGGAUCUAAAUCUGAAGAAAGGAGAUAUUCUGGAAGUAACUGGAGAGACUGAGUACUGGUUGUAUGUGAGGAGACGCACGGCUAAGAGUGGCAAAUCUAACAGCUUUGUGGAGGAAAAGGGAUAUGUGCCUAAAGACUUUGUCAAGCCGCUGGAUAGCGUAGAGGCCGAGUUAUGGUAUUUUGAGAAUGUUAAAAUGCGCAUAGAGGCCAGAAGAUGUCUGCUGAGACCACAAAAUGCCGAGGGUGCGUUUCUCGUCUGGAAGUGUUAUGAGAAUAAUCAUUACUACUUAUCAGUGAGGAAUGGAAAUCAUGCGCGACAUUACAGGAUCAAGCAGAGAGAAAAUGACAAGCAGUUUUUUCUUGUUCAUCAUACAACUUUCCCAACCUUGCGUGAGCUGAUACAGUUUUACUCCAAAAACGAAGGCGGACUCUGCGAAAAGCUUCAUGAACCCUGUGUGAAGUUGGACCAGCCAGCUCCUCUUUCUCUGUCAUUUGACACCAAGUGGGAGGUAGAGCGAAGUUCACUUACCAAAAUAAAGAAGCUUGGCAGUGGUGAGUUUGCAGAGGUGUGGCAGGGGCUCUGGAACAACACGACAGAUGUGGCCAUCAAAGAGUUCAAAGUUGUCAAUUAUCCAACUAUCAAAACAGAGAUUGAAAUCAUGAAGGAGCUGCAUCAUGAACGUUUGCUGAGGCUCUAUGCUGUGUGUACCACUAGUGAACCCAUCUGCUUAGUGACAGAGCUCAUGAAAAAUGGCUCUUUAAAGACAUUUCUCAUCAGCCACAAAGAGAAAAAAGAUCUAGAGUUUUCGCUCAUGAUGGAUUUUGCUGUCCAGAUUACAGAAGGAAUGAUUUACAUUGAGAACAAAAUAGUUCACAGGGAUCUGAGAGCCGAGAACAUUCUGCUUACCGACAUGCAGUGUUGCAAAAUAGCCGAUUUUGGACUCGCUCAAAUUAAUCUGCCAGGAAACCACAGGAUUUCAUCAGAUGUCAGGGUCCCUGUGAAAUGGAUGGCCCCUGAGAUAUUUGAGGAGAAGGAGUACACAAGCAAGAGUGACGUCUGGUCUUUCGGCAUCCUUUUAACUGAAAUCGUCACAUAUGGAGAUGACCCAUACCCUGGUCAAGACAAAAUGACAUGCGUUCGAGCCAUUCAGAGAGGAGAGCGGAUGCAGCAACCACCUGGCUGCUCCAAAGAGCUCUACGACAUUAUGCUGAUGUGCUGGAGGUCAAACCCUGAGGAGAGGCCAACAUUUACGGAGCUGCAGGAGAAGCUCCUGGCUCUCAUCCCUGAGCCUGUUUGUGAACUGGAGUAGACACUGUAGAUAUGAGAGAGUUAAGAAACUGUUGAGCAUGCAGUAGCUUAUAUAUAACCAACACAUAUACAUUCACUUACUUAAUAGUUUACAGAAGUAAUUGCACAAAAAAAAUCUACUGAAAUGAAUUAUUAAACAUUAUAAUCAAAAUUUAAAUCAACAAAGACAGUACAAGAAGUCUUGUAUUGAUGUACUCAAAUUCGAAUAUAUUACCCCGAUAAAGAACAUUUUAGUUCCAAAAUUUAUAUGUGUGCUAAAAUGUUCUUAAUUGUCAUGAAAAUAGUGUCACAAUGCAAAAAAUUAUUAAUUGAUUUUGGGGUGAUGUGACAUAUUGACAGGUUUCAUGAGACUCAUCACUAUACAAUACACUUCACAGACUGUCAAUAUCAAAUCUCUUGUGUACAUGAUUAUAAAUGACUAUUACUAGUAUUGCUAAUUAGUAUUACUAAAGGUGAUUAUGAAGUUUCCUAGUUUCCAAAAAGCUGACAAAUGUUCCAUUCCUGACUGACAUUUUUUGACCGAUGCUGCUGACCUAAAAAAUAAUGGCUGUUCUUACCCCAAUGUAGGAUUGACAUGCCAACUUUCAACAUUUGUGACAGCAGAGCAUUUGCAAAUGAAUGUUCAAUUUUUAAACUGUUAUGUGGACUAUUGUAGGAGCAUGUAUCUUCUGUGAUCUGAUAAAGAACAUUGUAAUGUAAUACUGUAAAUCUUUAAAA